GUGGUGGAGGUGGAGGCUGAAGCAGAGCAAGAGGCGGCCUCGGUGGGGCGGCUCAGCGGCGCGGCGCGCGGCCCAGAAGCUUUGAAAUCCUGAAUUGGUACAGCUGCGCCUGAAGACAGCAGGAGUGGCGGGGCCGCCGCCGUCGCCGGAGAGAUGAGCCGGGAAGCCUGAGGCCGGAGACGCCCGCCCUCGGGCCCGUCCGCCCGGCUUCCCAGCUCCGGGCGACUGGAAGAUGAAAGAGACUUUACAAGGGACGGGGUCUUGGGGGCCUGAGCCUUCUGGACCUGGUAUAGCUCCAGUUUACUCAAGCCCCAGACGAGAACGACUUCGAUGGCCCCCACCACCCAAGCCCCGACUCAAAUCUGGUGGAGGUUUUGGGCCAGAUCCUGGGUCAGGGACCACAGUUCCAGCCAGACGCCUCCCUGUCCCUCGGCCCUCUUUUGAUGCUUCAGUUAGUGAAGAGGAGGAAGAAGAGGAGGAGGAGGAGGAUGAAGAUGAGGAAGAGGAAGUGGCAGCUUGGAGGCUACCUCCCAGAUGGGGUCAGCUAGGGACCUCCCAGCGGUCUCGCCCACCUCGUCCUAUUCAUCGAAAAGCCUGUUCACAGCGCCGCCGCAGAGCUAUGAGAGCCUUCCGAAUGCUGCUCUAUUCAAAAAGCACCUCGCUGACAUUCCACUGGAAGCUUUGGGGGCGCCACCGGGGCCGGCGGCGCGGCCUUGCACACCCCAAGAACCAUCUUUCACCCCAGGAAGGGGGUGUGACACCACAGGUGCCAUCCCCAUGUUGUCGUUUUGACUCCCCUCGGGGGCCACCUCCGCCCCGGCUGGGUCUGCUAGGUGCUCUCAUGGCUGAGGAUGGGGUGAGAGGGUCUCCACCAGUGCCCUCUGGGCCCCCCAUGGAGGAAGAUGGAUUAAGAUGGACUCCAAAGUCUCCUCUGGACACUGAUUCGGGCCUUCUCUCGUGUACUCUUCCCAAUGGCUUUGGGGGACCACCUGGUCCUGAAGGGGAGCGGAGUCUGGCACCCCCUGAUGCCAGCAUCCUCAUCAGCAAUGUGUGUAGCAUCGGGGACCAUGUGGCCCAGGAACUUUUUCAAGGCUCAGAUUUGGGCACUACAGAGGAGGCAGAGCGGCCUGGGGAGAAAGCAGGCCAGCACAGCCCCCUGCGGGAGGAACAUGUGACCUGUGUGCAGAGCAUUUUGGAUGAAUUUCUUCAAACUUAUGGCAGCCUCAUUCCCCUCAGCACUGAUGAGGUAGUAGAGAAAUUGGAGGACAUUUUCCAGCAGGAGUUCUCUACGCCUUCCAGGGAUGUACUUGGGGAGAAGGAGGAAGCUAGAGCGGAAGGGGAGGAGUCUGCAAGGCAAGGUGCCAACACCCCCUGUAAGCUGACUGGGAAGGGCCUGGUGCUGCAGCUGAUCCAGUCAUACCAACGGAUGCCAGGCAAUGCCAUGGUGAGGGGUUUCCGAGUGGCCUAUAAGCGGCAUGUGCUGACCAUGGAUGACUUGGGGACCUUGUAUGGACAGAACUGGCUCAAUGACCAGGUGAUGAACAUGUAUGGAGACCUGGUCAUGGACACGGUCCCUGAAAAGGUGCAUUUCUUCAACAGUUUCUUCUAUGAUAAACUCCGAACCAAGGGUUAUGAUGGGGUGAAAAGGUGGACCAAAAAUGUGGACAUCUUCAAUAAGGAGCUACUGCUAAUUCCUAUCCACCUGGAGGUACAUUGGUCCCUCAUCUCUGUUGAUGUGAGGCAACGUACCAUCACCUAUUUUGACUCGCAGCGUACCCUGAACCGCCGCUGCCCUAAGCAUAUUGCCAAGUAUCUACAGGCAGAGGCAGUGAAAAAAGACCGGCUGGACUUUCAUCAGGGCUGGAAAGGAUACUUCAAGAUGAAUGUGGCCAGGCAGAAUAAUGACAGUGAUUGUGGUGCCUUUGUGUUGCAGUACUGCAAGCACCUGGCCCUGUCUCAGCCAUUCAGCUUCACCCAGCAGGACAUGCCCAAACUUCGCCGGCAGAUCUACAAGGAGCUGUGUCACUGCAAACUCACUGUGUGAGCCUCUUAUCCCAGGCCUCAAGCCCAUUCAUUAAUGGGCAUGGGGACAUGGGAGACCCUUUCUUCCCAAGAAACUCCAGUUCCUUUCCUCUUUUGCCUCCGCCCAUCCAAUUCCCCUUGGUUUUUUCAUAUUUAAAUGUUUGGAUUUCUGUAUUUUUUUUUUUUUUUUUUGAGAGAAUACUUGUUGAUUCCUAAUGUUCAAGGGGUGGCCAUGGAAAAGCCCCAUUCCCCUUCUGUAGGGGACUAUGGUCUUGUGACUUGGGUGGGGCAGUCAUCCCCCUUCCCUGUGCUGGCGGGGGAGGGUGUUUAAGAAAAUCUGUACUGGGUUGGUGGGCCGGCAAGUGGGCCGGCAAUGGGAUUACUGCCUGCCAGAUCUUCAAACUUUUUUAUAUAUAUAUAUACAUAUAUAUAUAUAAAUGCCACGGUCCUGCUCUGGUCAAUAAAGGAUCCU